UUCAGAUGCCCCUGCGAACACUGUGGAUGGGCAGUGUGGUAAAGCUCCUGGAUCUUGCAGAAGUUGAGACAUUGCCGGAUUUUAUUGAUAGGUUAAGACCUGAAAAUGAGAUUCUCCCAGGAUCAGUGUUCUACGAUAAGAAGUCAGAAACAUUAGUGAUCCACUGCAAGGAAGGCUGGGUUGGAGAAAAGACCAUGAUCCUUAAGAAGAAGCUGACAGCCAUUGAAUUCUACAAUGGAAAUUUGCAUCACUGGAUUCAGCAGACUUCCAAAAUGCCUCUCAUAGAGUGCAGGUUUCAGACACUCAAGAUGGCCAGAACAAAAAACAGUUCCAAAAGCAGAGUGUUGCAUUCACACAAUGCACAGCAGCAAUUGACUUGAAUUACUGUCCAGAAGAAUCCGGUGAUGAUUCCAGAUGACAUGGCUGGAAGCCCCUCAGCAUUGUUUCAAAUCCGUCCUUAAGUGAAGGGUUCCUUUUCAAGCACUUGAAGCAUUCAAGUGUGUUUUCAGUGCAGCCAGAAGGAUUUCCUGGAAUCCAUAUCCUCUGUUAUGAGUAUGUUCUGAGGUUCUUUUCUAAAGUGCAGCUUUGUGAUCCAAAAGAACAAUGCAGAAUUUAGUAACAGCCAUUUUGAAAAAUGCUGCAAGAGAACAAUGUCCCACUUUCUAUAUUGGACAACCUAAAUACCAGUUUGAA